CAUAAACCAAAGAGAAUCUGUGUCAUCCCUUCAUUUUGGUGUUUCAACCUGAAAUGCCUCGAAAUGGAACUUGUAAAUCUUCCACAACGACUCUUCACCUCUUUCACCACUCUCUCUCCUUCUCCUUCUCCUUCUCCUUCUCCUUCUCCAUCUUCUUCACUUUCUCUCUCAACCUCUUCUAAUCGUUCAUUUCAACCGCUCUCUUCUUCCUCCACUUCCCUCCGUCGUCUUCGUUGCCGCGCCGCCUCACCAAAUCCUCCUCCACCACCACCGGAAAAUGAAUCAACUGAACUUCAAGGUGUUGUUGCAUCCUUAUCAAAAUUUCAAGAUAGAGUACAGAUCUUCUUUGCUGUUCUUUUCUGGAUGACUCUAUUCUUUUGGGCUUCUGCAUGGGAUGGGAGGAAUAGACCAAACAAGGGAUCAAAGUUUAGAAAAUAAAAUGUAAGCAUUUAGUUUGUAUAUAUAUUGAAUUAUUAUCUAUAAGUUAGGGGGACAAAAUUAUAAAGCAAAGGAAAAAUAAUUGAAAUUAUUAUGUUGAAUGAAUAUACUGUUUCUCCAUAAA